CUACAGGGCUGGUUGGAACGGACUCCUGGACUCGAGAAAGAUGGAUUUGACUUUUGGGGCAAAUACAAACGAAGUGUCAAAGACAUGCUGGAUUCUAUAAGGGAGGAGGCUGAGGUAGGACAGGUCUUGUUUAGAAACCUUUUAAAAAACCGCCACACGAAACUACACACUAGGACAACACUAAUAUCUGUUAACUUUGUUAUCACCACUACAACUAUGUUCUGUGUUAGACUAACGUUUUUUAAGUUGUGAUCACAUUUUGUUUAACAGGUCGAAGAAAAUGAAGAAGUUCGGGCGAAUUUGUUAAAAGAUGUCAAGAAACAACAGGUGAAUAUUUACCACUACUGAGGUAGUCAGCUUUGGAUUCAGAAUACGCAGGCUAGAUUCAGAAUGGUAAACAUUAUAGCCCCUCUAGUGAGUCUGAAGUCAGGGUAAGGGAAGCGUGAAUGCUUGUUGGUGGAGUCACGAGCCCUUGUUGCAUGUCGCACAUGAUUCAAGCUGCCCGCUUCUCUCGCGCUCUCUCUGAGAAAAUACCAAUAAAAACUGAAUUGGAGGCUUAAAACACAAGUCCAGUAUUUUAUAGUCACCAUGGAACAAAUAUCCUCUAUCAAUUCAAUUCUACAAGCUUUUCCAAACUUGAUACCUUCAGGGGUAUCUCACGCGCAAGUGAUGUAGCGCGUUUCAGUUAUACUGCAGAUACCUAAGACCCUAUAUCCACAAUACUACUGGUAAGGAAACGCAAUUGUAUGAAAUGUGAACUAAAAGAUCUAUAUAAACUUACUAAGUUAGCAAGUGCAAUACUUUAUGUGACGGUAAACUACAGCGACGUUGUGGUCACAACUGUUUUCAGUGUAAGGUACAACAAAACUUUCAACCAUUGCAUGCGUUGUUUUCCUUCCGUUGUAGCCAGUGUAUUUCCGCUAGUGUAUUUUCGUUUCAUCAACCCGAAAUACAUCUUUGUUCGUAGACUAGUUGGGGUAUUGUUCGGCUAUGUAGUGACUAUUGGCCAUUUUGAAGUCUUGCCAGAGACUGGGUCGGUGUUGUGUCGAAUUGCACUAUGGGACUUCCGGGACGCUAUCCCUUCUUUCAGUGGCUGUUACGAUGUUAAAAGUGCGAAGCAAACUGGGUCCAUAUCCUGCCCCCAAAGCGAUCCCACAGUGCAAUUUGACAUAACACAGACAUAGUCUCCCCCUCAUUCUCACACUGGCCAAUCUCUUUUGAACUUGGUCAUUGCAUGGGACACGGGGAGAUAAAACUGAAAAAAAGAAAAAAAACAAAUAAAAAGAACGACAGCAACAACAACAAGAAACAUGUAUUUAGCUCAUGCAACUCUGGAGCUUCCCAUCGAUUGAAAAGUAUUGAGCCCUAUAUAGUGCUUGCAAAGUUAUCAGAGAAAGAAGGUCUUUUUUCUUGUUGACGGUGUACGUGUUAUUAUAAUACUGUUUAUUUUCAGGAUACCUUUGACUCGAUUUUCAAUGAAGAGAGACAUAACCAGCUUGUUGCUAGAGGUAAUGUUGUGUGAAUGGAAUGCAGUAAAAAGCUGCACUCCUCACAAUCUAUAUGUUCCCAAUUUUCUCCAAUGCAAAACACCUGGUAUUUUUCUGCGAGAGCAGUUAAGUAAAGGUGGUCAGAGCAGGAUUUGUACCCACGGAGACCGAGUUGAAUAACCACCACAGCGCCCCCUCCACUCCUACCCCUUUCCCUUCAAACGCCUGCCACGCAGGCUCAUUGACAAGGAUCCAUUAAUCCAGUGAAACCCAAAGCGAACAUCAGUAACCCAGUACGAAGGAUGAGAAAACGCAUUAAGAACUAGAAAACCUCCCUUUAACAUAAAACGUUAACCUUCUCGUUGAUUUUAAGGUGAAAGAAGGUUCUCUCACAAAGCUAUGCAAGGGGCGUUGAUGAUCUAUUUUUACCGGUAAGAAACUUCUGUUUGAUUAACAGAAACAGGCUAUCAUUCAACGUUAAAAAAGCCCCUCUCCCUGAUGAUGUUGCUUUGCUCUAUACACUACAGUGCUCUCCUUCCAGCCGAGAAACACAGGGAAAGUAUCGUGUUGCUGCCGAUUAUAGAGUGUCCAAGGACAACUGAUUUUAUGCCCUUAUAUACUCCCCCUUUUCGUUCGUGGCAUUCAUGUCAAGCAUUACCGCACAUUGGGCAAUGACAAGAGCCAUAAUGGUCCCAUUUUGGCUCUUGGCAAUGACUUAAAGCCGUUGACCAUGUAUUCGUAAAACAAACCCAUUCUAAUGUGUUAAAAAAGAACAGGGGGCGGGGUGUGGUCCACAUUUUCUGGGUUACUUUAGAGGCGCAUCUUGGAGGGAGGCCCCGAGGGACGGCGGGUUCCACCUUAUUUUUUGGCCAAAACAAGCCCGAGGGGCCACAAAAAUUAUUUUUGAACCUGGGUCCCUACUUACUGAAGAGGAUCUGAACGAGCGGGUCCCCCACUUACUUGGAGUCAAUGUGCGUAGCGGAAGGUGCCUUGCACUUUGCCUGCGAACGCGACGUAUUUCCGGUUGUCGCUUCUCUUCGGGUGGAGCGACAACGGAAAUGGGGCCCACAGUAAUCGAUCUUAACUGUUGUGGCGUCCGGAGAAAAGUAACUCACAUUUUUAACCUUGUGUCUGUUAUUCCACCAGUGACGAGCCGCGAUGCCAUCAGCCUUUUCAAAUCCUUCAGUUACUCAUGGAUAUCGACUCUCUGGUGAUGAAGUGGCGAUGUAAGUAUAGUCUACGAUGACGCAAGUACACAGGAACAAAUAUCCCUCUAGUCAUGGGCCCUCAAAGAUCUGUAACAGCUCAGUAGACAAAGAGAAGAGAAAAUCUAGUAAAUGUUAUGCUGUCAGUGGUGUCGUCAAAAGUUCGAGUAAAUUCAGGAGAAAGCAAUGAUUGUUUUCUUCAAAUAUUUAAUAACUGCGUAGAACGAGUAAGACGAUGUUGACAAACUGUCGCUCUGCAUGUGAUUGGUGUCCGCAUUUCGCUUAGCCUCCCACGCAGACGUUCUUAGGGGUUCGUCACGCGUUCCUGGCCCACUAGUGGGGCAGGAACGCGUGAAAACGUCUGCGUGGGGGGCUACGUUUAGCUAUAAGUAUUCGCCCCACUGUCAAAACGCCUACUUAACUCGUUGAUCAUUUUCUCUGUUUGACAGACAACCAUUUGAUGAUGGCGCAGCGGAUGAUUGGUUGUAAAAUAGGAACUGGAGGUACAUCUGGAUAUCAGUAUCUCAGGUCCACGGUCAGGUGGGUCAACUAACAGGUUUUAGGUCAUGCAAAGAACAGUGCCUCUGAUGAGUAUGGCCCGGAAAGGGCCGGAGGCUACUGUCCAUUUUGGGAUUGCUCAAAAAGCUAUGUCAGUGUUGUGUCGGAAUUUCAUUAUGGGGCUGUCUAGGGACGCUAUCUUUUCUUUCACUGGCUAUUUCAAAGUUUGGCGGGAACCUUGGUCAAAAUUGUCUCCCGAAACUGUCCCAAAGUGCAAUUCGACACAACACUGACCCAGUCUCAAUAACAAUCUCCAAUGAUGGCCAAUAUAGUUGGCCGUUGCACAGGACACCUAUCAUGGUAAAUGAACGUUGUUUUCGCGGUGGCACGUGUACUCUAGCAGCCUUGCGUUUUCCGUUCAGAUAAGGGACUUUCGGAUCCAACGACGCGGACGACAACGAUCGAGAACGUCAAAAAAACAAUAGGACAAUUGCACGAUGACGUCAUUUUACUACAACUACCAGAAUCCUUGAGUUUGUUGUUUUCUCGUGCAAAUUAAGGCUAUUGUUCUUUAAUCCUCGACGGGAUUGACAAGUUUAAAUAACAAAGCACAACCGAAAUGAAUUCUGGUAGUUGUAGUCAGAUAUCGUCAUCGUGCAAUUGUCCUAUUGGUUUAAUUAGCAAAACAACAACUUCGCACGUGCAUCACACUUUUUUGUACAUUUUGUUCCCGUUUUUGCACGACUACGACGUGAAAAUGCCUAAUUUCGCGUUUUAUGGAGGACGUAAACAAGCAACGACGAAAUUUUACUUCUGUUUCUGAGCUUGAAUAUGGUCCCUUGAAAUUCAGCUUCAGGAGGGUUCGCCUAUAAUUGACAAAGUAAGUGGGUAGGAAUAAUCACUGUAAAGACGCAACUUCACUUUUUAAGCGACGUUCUUGUCGCCGUCGCGUCGUUGGAUCUUGAAGUCCUUAUUAGCGUUGACAGAAGACAUUUCGUCCGAUUUUGAACUUUGCCAUAGUAUUACCUGGUUUAGCAUGGACAGCAAAGUUUUACUUGUUCGGUGUCUGAAAUUUACCUGCAAUAGUGUGGACGGGGACUUCAUAUCGGUUCAUUUAAUUUGCUAUUUUACCUACACUUUUCUUUCUGUAGUGAUCGGUAUAAGGUGUUCGUCGACUUGUUUAACCUGUCCAACUACCUUAUACCACGUGACCGUAUCCCGCCACUCAGUUCGUCCAUGAAGAUGCGCCUGCGUACUGCGUUGGUGGAUGGCCGACUGCAUGACAGUGACAGUGCACUGUGCAGCGAUAGCAGUGAAGAUGAUCAAGAGUCAGCGCUUACCUCCAAGAUCAAAGAUGCUGCCAUAACGACUGCAGCAACUGCUGACACCAACUGA